AUGAGACAAUGUUCGAACCUUCCACCAAAUCCUCUUCUAGGUCAGCAGUCAAGACCAAGCGAAAAUGAUGUACCUUACCUUCGCACACCAAUAGGCGCCAGGCUGCACCAGUUUUGGGAGGAAUGGAAAAGCAGAGGUGCAGAAGCCCAGGUGAUAGAAGUCUUACGCCUAGACUACACCAUCCCUUUUGUGGAAAGGCCUCCCUUAGCCAAGGUUCCCAUCAGAUUGACAGCUUACUCCAUAGGCUCUGAAAAGUUCUUGGCUCUCGAGAAAAAAGUAAUCUCCUUGGCUCAUGAGGAAGUUAUUGAGGAAGCCCAUGAUUCGUCGGAGGGCUAUUACAACAGGCUGUUUGUGGUUCCCAAAGCAUCAGGGGGCUGGAGACCCGUGUUGGACGUGAGUGCUUUGAACCGGUUCAUGCUAAAAACCAAGUUCAAGAUGAAGACUCAGAGUUCGGUGCUGGCGGCUCUCAGUCAGGGGGAUUGGAUGGUAUCUCUCGACAUGCAGGAUGCCUACUUCCAUGUCCCAUCAGGACUCAAGGAAGUAUCACCCGACAUGCAGGAUGCCUACUUCCAUGUCCCAAUCCAUCAGGACUCAAGGAAGUAUCUCCGCUUCGUUUUUCAAGACAAGAUACUUCAGUUUCGUACUCUGUGCUUCAACCUUUCGACAGCUCCUCAAGUUUUCACCAGGGUUCUAAACUCCCUGACACAAUGGUUACAUCUGAUGGUCAUCAAUGUCUCGAUGUAUUUGGACGAUUGUCUUCUCCGAGCACCAUCGGAGGAGCAGUAUGGUACAAUCUUUGGCAAUGGUACAAUCUUUCCUGCACAACUUGUGUUGUGCUCAGCAAUGCAGUGGAUGAGCCUAUUGGGGACGUUGUCCUCAGUAGAGAAAUUAAUAAAACUAGGGAAGUUACACUCGAGGACUCGCCAGUUUUACCUAACAGCGAACUCGUACAGAAAGUCGCAACCUGAUUCCACGGUUUUUCACAUUACGGAGGACAUGAAGAGCGAUCUAGCUUGGUGGGACUCAAGUGAAAGGCUUCAGGAGGGCGUGUCACUCCUCUCUGUGAACCCCAGCCUACAGUUCAUUUCAGAUGCGUCGGGCGCAUGUUUGGGCGCUACUCUUAUGGAUCGCAAUGUGUCAGGGGUAUGGACAGAGUCCCAGAAAGACCUUCACACCAAUGUCAAGGACCUCCUAGCAGUCUUCCUGGGCUUUCAGAAGUUUGUUCAUAUGGUAGAAGGUCGAGUAGUAGCCAUUAAUGCGGACAACUCCACAGCCCUGUCUUACAUUUGGAAACGGGGGACUCACUCUUUCACUCUGUUCUUGAAGGUGCGAGAACUUCUACUCUGGGCAGAAGAACAUCAGAUCCAGCUCGUUCCUCGUUUUGUUCGGGGGAGGAUGAACGUUCUGGAAGAUGAACUCAGCAGAAGGAGACAAGUUUUAUGA